AUGUCAACAAUUUAUGCGAACCUUUCUAGCCCGGAAGUCUUCAAGCGGAUCUUGAGACACACCAGUUACGUGUCCGGGGAUAUUCCUGACGAUUGCAAUCAGAUUCAUAAUUUAGCCCCGGUUGAUAAAUGUGAUUUUGUUAAGCGGACUGCUUCUUGCAGCGAAGAUGCAUACUAUUUCGACUACACUUACUUUCUUUUCUGCACAAUUGGGAACGAGAAUACGGAGCUGUUCAGAUUGGGUGCUGUGCUGCUAGUACUUGGAUUGCUCAUCUGUUUUACAGUGCUGGGAACAACGGCCGAUCAGUUCUUCUGUCCUGUACUGGCCGUGAUCUCGAAAACUCUCAGGGUAAGCGAAACCGUAGCCGGUGUCACAAUCCUGGCCUUUGGCAAUGGGUCACCGGAUCUGUUCACGGCAAUUAGCAAUCCCCUUAGUGAUACGGAAAUGAUGUUCGGAGAGUUGCUGGGAGCGGCCACGUUUGUGAUCGGUGUAGUGGCUGCUCUUAUCCUGGUGAUUAGACCAUUUCAAACCGAUCCCGCUGGGGUCGUGCGGGAUGUGCUGUUUUUCCUAUUUGCCGUCUGUUGGAUUACGAUUUGUGCUUACGAUGAGAAGUUCCACCUUUCUGAUGCUAUCGUCGUUGUCAUCGUUUAUGUGGCUUACCUGACGAUUGUGUUGAUAGAUUUUUUUCUGAGGAAGAGGAAGCUACACGCGGUGGAGUCCAGGAUUUCACUGAGUGGGGAACUGCCGGCGGCAGAUUCGUACUACAAUCAACUACGAGGAGAGACGGAAAUUAUCAUACGACCAAGGAAUCCUUCAUUGGGUUCUGAAGUUGACAUAUCCAGAAAUCGUGUGAGCGUUUUUGUGAACGAAAGGCCAUCUAAAAACUAUCAUCUAUUCAAGGAUUUCUACGAACAUCUUAAUCCAAUAGACAUUGAUGAGUGGGAGGUAGCUGGGUGGUGUGGAAGAACUUUCACCAUUUUGAAAAUACCCAUUCGUUUAGUUUUGACUUUAAUUAUUCCCGUAGUGGAUUAUACCGUCGAGCGGCACGGUUGGUGCAAACUGCUAAAUAUGAUUCAUUGUUUCACUCUUCCUCUGAUAUUUCUGAGCAUCAGCGGUUGGAUUACCGAGAAAAUGUUCGACAUACCAGUUUUUGCUUGGUUGCUGAUAUUUUCUUCAAUAGUGGUGACCACGAUAUUCUUCACUUCGCGAACGGAUAGACCUCCACGAUAUCAUCUGGUUUACGCGCCACUAGCGUUCGCAGGAUCAAUAAUGAUUAUCUACGUCAUCGCCCAGGAGGUGGUUAGCCUGUUGGUCACUUUGGGUUUGGUACUUAACCUGUCCAAAUCAAUGCUUGGUUUAUCGGUUCUAGCCUGGGGAAACAGCAUUGGAGAUAUGUUUUCAAACAUUACCCUAGCGAAGCAGGGUUACGGAAAAAUGGCUUUUGCGGCGUGCAUGGGAGGACCACUAUUUAACCUUUGCCUUGGACUGGGUAUCACCAUAAUUGUGAAGGCUCUCAAAAGAGCGGACCACGUAGCUUUCUCUCGAGAAGGCGCCAUGGGUCUGAAUAUUGAAGCGUUUCUAGUUCAGCUGCUGGGUACCAUUCUCCUGGCGCUAUUGUUUACCGGUUUCCAGGGUCGUCGCAGUGUCGGAUUUAUGAUGAUUUCCACAUAUAUUGUGUUCUUUUUGUUCUGCUUGUUGGGCGAGUUUGAAAUUAUCCAUCCUUACGGUACGGAUCAUAAUAAUGAAGGAGAAUUUGUGUAAAAUUAAGUAGCAAGA